UACGAUCGUGGCUCAGUGACUGAAAGCAGCUCAAUGACCACCGAUCAAUGGCUUAAGCAAAUGGUGCUGAUGGGCAUUGGUAUAUGUAUGGCUCUACGGCUGCAUAGAAGUGCAAGGAUACAUGACAUAGAGUUUCUUAGUAGUGUUCUUAGUACGAUCGUGGUUCAAUGGCUGAAAGCAGCAGCUCAAUGGUCAUCAAAUCAAUGGCUUAAGCAUAUGAUGCAAAUAUACGUAAGGCUCUACGGGAUUAAACCAAGCCUUUUUGAGCAAUUCAAGCCCCAAGACCAGGUUGUCGAUGAAUAUACAUUUACUAAAUUUUUGGGCCGUGAUGAAGCCAAAAGACAACUUCAUGACCAUUGGUCAUCUUGGGUAACGGAGCAGGAUAUAAAAAAGCUUGCAUCAUUCGGAUUAAAUCAUCUCAGAAUACCUGUUGGCUAUUGGGCUUUUGAAAAGAAGUCAACAGAACCAUUCAUUAUGGACAGUUUUAAUUAUUUAUUGAAAGCAGUUAGGUGGGCAAAAAAAUAUGGCAUGAGAGUCAUUGUUGAUUUGCAUGGAGCACCAGGUUCUCAAAAUGGUUAUCAUCACAGUGGUAAACAUGGUCCUAUUGAAUGGCAAACCGGUGAUAAUAUACAUCGUACACUUAACGUUAUAAAAAACAUGACCGAGACAUUUAGCCGUCCUGAGUUUAGAAAUACCGUUACCAUCAUUGGUGUGCUUAAUGAACCCAAGCCUCUUGUAAAAAAUCAAUUUAAUGAAUAUUUUAAAGAUGCUUAUAAAAUAAUUCGCGAAAAAAACAGUGAUAUUUUAAUAUUGUAUGACGCUACCUUCUUGCAAGUUGAUGAUUCGAUAAAGUUUCUGAAAUUGUCUGAAUUCAAAAAAGUUGCGUUGGAUAUCAAUAAUUAUUAUGCAUUUACAUGCAAUUUUGUGACAAUGAGCAUUAAUGAACAACUCGUCAAUGUUUGUUCAAAUUAUUAUAAUAUUUCUUCUACUAGUCAAGAUGUUUUGAGAUUCGUGGGAGAAUGGAGUCUUAGUACAACCCAUGGCUCAUCGUGCAAAUAUUCUAGCAAUACGUGUCAAUUUAAAGACGAUUAUCGGAAUUGGACUUCUGAGCAUAAAAUCUUUUUGAAACAAUACGCAUCGGCACAAAUGGAUGCUUAUGAAGCCGGGAUUGGUUGGACAUUUUGGAAUUUCAAAACUGAAUGUUCUACACUUUGGAACUUUAUGCUUGGAGUUGAGCAAGGUUGGAUGCCACUUACUUAUAAACAACGAACAUAUGACUGUUCUUGA